AUGUCAGUCGACGCUAAAUCUGAGUUUUCUGAAAACGACUCCUCUACGACAUCUUCGCCGACGACUGUCGCCAACACCUCGUGGUCUAAUUACCCUAUGAUGCCGUUCAUCAACCCACAACCUCUGAAAGACAAAAUGCUACAACAAUCAUUCGAUCCACAACUCUACGGGAGGUGGCCACAAAUGGGAGACACCGGGUUUUACGGACACCCCGACAUCUAUUCCUCAUUCGGACUUCCUCAAUUGGCUUCUAAUAGUCAAAUUCCAUCAACCGAGUCUGUUGAUGUAAAACCUCCUCUUUCAAAUGGUAGCAGUAGCAGUGACAGUGGAAUGUAUCCUUCACCAAAUGAUAUAACUCCGUUCCCCUCGACUUCAUCUGGUGUUACAUCCUCCGCUUCAUCAUCUGAUCUUUCUGCAGCUGCUGCCGCUGCUGCCAACUAUCAGAUGAAUGCUGCCACGUGUUAUCAACAAUCCGUUUGGCCCUUUAUGGAUUAUCAACAUCCAUUCACUUGGAAGAUGCCAUUGAGCAGCGGUGGGAAGGAACGAAGAGCGAGUAGUGUAUCAAAAAUAUUACCCACGGGUCCAGGCACAAAUAAUGUUCGAGUUCGGACGGCGGACAAAUAUAGGAUGGUUUAUUCAGAUUAUCAACGCCUCGAAUUGGAGAAAGAGUUUCACACAUCCCCUUUUAUCACCUCAGAUCGUAAAUCGCAACUUUCGACAAUGCUGAGUUUAACGGAGCGACAAAUCAAAAUUUGGUUUCAGAACCGGUCAGUUUUUCUUAUUGGACUCGAUAACUAG